AUGAUGAGAGCAGACGACCCAGACGACGGACUGAAUCCCUCCGCCCCACGCCAGAUCGAAGCGUUGAUCGCUCACACCUCUAAACUUCAACAACGUUACCAAUCCUUGCUCGAUUCGACCACUCCUUACCCGCUCCAACGAUGGGGAGCAACAAGCUUUCUCCUCUUGCUCUUCAUGCUUCGUAUCAUUCUCUCGCAAGGAUGGUACAUUGUUUGCUACGCUCUCUUCAUCUACCUUCUCAACCUCUUCCUCGCUUUCCUAACCCCGAAAUUCGAUCCCUCUUACGAACAAGAUCUUGCUGAACAGGAUGUCGAAGAGGGUGAACCGGGUCUACCCACCUCUUCCUCCUCUUCUGGUUGUAAAGGCGGUAAUGGAGGAGGGUUGAUGUCAGGUGUCUUUGGUGGUUCCUUGAAUGCGCAGAGUGGAGAUGAUGAGUUCAGGCCAUUUAUUCGCAGGUUGCCCGAGUUCAAGUUUUGGUUGAGUGCUACCCAGGCGGUCGGGUUGAGUUUGUUGGCGACGACGAGUAGUGCUUUUGAUGUGCCCGUGUUUUGGCCGAUUCUGUUGAUGUACUUUUGUGUAUUGUUUACGAUUACGAUGAGGAGACAGAUCAAACAUAUGAUCAGGCAUAAGUAUGUUCCCUUUGAUUUGGGCAGGAAGACUGUCUACGGUCGCAAGUAG